AUGUCUUUUCCAAGCGUCGGCCAACCCCAAAUCCGUGCUCGUCCGCCGCCGCCGCAGGCCGCCACCACAACAGACACCGAAAAGGAGAAAAUUCAUCAGUUAGAAAUCGUGAUUCUGCAGUUAAUGAUCCAGUUCCUCCAUGAAAAAGGGUACACCCCGGAACCCCAUUCCCCUGAAUUGCACGCCUUCAUCAAAGCAAACGGAUUCAAGCUGAAUGAACCUGUUUUCACGGAUAACGUAGACACCAUCAAAUUCAUGUAUCUUGGUAUGAAACGCAAAAGAGACUUGGAAGGAUCUGCCUUCAAGUUCUUGGACUCCUCCACGGAACGGAUUUUUCACUUGGCUGCCAAAUUAUGGGACGAGGAGUUAAAGUUUAGCCAAGAUGCGGUUCAACAUUCCUUCCUGCUCAACCCGGAUUCAGGGGCUUAUUCUGAGAAGACGACAGAGAUCAAGAAGAAUGUUUGGGCCACCCUAAUGAUCAAAGAUGCCGAGAAUACAGCAUUUGUUCAAGGGGACACUUCUGGUUAUAAUAUCCAAAAAUCCCUGGAAAUUGAAGUCUUGAUAGGACUCCACUCUUUCUACCACAACGCCGGAGGAGUGGUUCCUCAGCCACAUUCAGGGGAGCUAUAUAAGUUCCUCCAAGAAACUGUUCUUGUGGAUUUUGAAAUGAAGUACCCCAGGCCUUACAUAGCGGCAUUGAUUUGGAAGUUGUAUUACGAGUUCAGGCGGAUGAAUAAAGCGGAAGAACGUUAUGUCCCAUUCUCGAAUCCUCAAGAUGGGAAGAUCUAUGAACUGUCUAAGAAAAUCUGGGGUUCCCCUGCUCCUGCCCACCAGCUGAUUGAUCUCAACGAACCUCCGCCUGUUGAUGAUGAAUUGGAUAAAUUUGGUGAAGAAAUUGAAGACGAUGUAAUUAAGUCCAUACUUCUCUUGACCUACUGUUAUGAUGAUUGGAAGUUGAUUCCAUUCUGGUGGUUGUCUUCCUGA